AUGUCCGAUUCAGAAAAGUCUGACGCUAUUCCACCGGCCGCAGCCCGCAGCAGUGACACCAUUCAUGGUGUGAAACUUGACAAUAACGCCUUCCAAGUCUUCGAGACGCGCGAGGGAGCCGUCAACUUUCGCACCGUCAGUGUGUUGUGCUUCACCCGGUUCCCGACAUCAGCCUACACAAGUUGGCUAAUAAAGUGUAAGGAUGGAUCCAUGCCUCAGCCAUCUUCCUCAAAGACAGUGAUAUUUGCAACGGACGUUCUUACCAUUCCUUCUGCAAUGUUCGUCUUGGGGGCGCUUCCGGGUGCCCUCAUUGUUCGUGGAUGGUUUCUGAACACGCAUUGUGCCACUAUCCAGGGCAACUUUCGCAACUCGCAUGCCGGCUGCCAUUCCAUUGCGGACAUGGCCAAGGUGAUUGGCGGAUUGUGGUUAAAGGAGGUCACGGGAGUCUUCUUCCUCGUGACGUACAUUAUUGUCUUCACAUCGAGAAUUUUCGGUGGCUCUCGGCGCCUUGUCAAGUCAUGCCGUCUGCGCAAACUACUUUAUGCUGAUGGCUACCGCCCUGGUGUUUCUCAUGAACAGUAUUCGCAAGUUGAGAAAAUUGCACGGCUCACCUGGCUUGGCUUCCUCUUGGACCAUGUUCUCAGUGUUGGUGGCAUGACGCAAGAUUGUCCAGCGGCCGCUCCUCAGACCGGCGGCUUUGAUCUCCUUUACCACGUCAUUGGGAAUCCAACUUUCAUCGCCGGCAUUACUUCAGUUGCUCAUACUUUCUGCUCCAGAGCCGGAACAUCAACUUUCCUUCCCGGCAUCUCCGAAAUGAUAAAGCCGCGAGACUAUAACAAGGCGUAUACCUGUGCAUGGGCAUCGUGA